UGCAGCGCCUCCAUGGUCUCAAGCCAUCGGAUUGGUUUAGUGACUGUGGCUGCAGGUUUAUUGAUUAAUUUCUCGGCUGCGAUGUCGCGCAAGGUUAUUACGUUCUCGUGAUGUGACUGGUUUGAAGCUCUAAGCCACCACAGGUCGAGCUGGGUCGUAGCCUUGCGGAUUGCUUCUUGAGGGCUCGAAGAUCGGUUCUAAAAGGCGACUUGUCUCGCAAUCAAUCCACUUGGUCGAGCAGCUAUGCAUCAUGUCGGUGAUUCAAGCAGCUGACAUUGUCAAAGGGAUCGAGAUCUGCAUAUGGAUCCACGAGAAUUGCUUUACCCAGGUAAACCGCGCUGAUAUAAGAUAUUUGCAGUUCGGUGCCGAUGUGGCCAAAUUGCAACCGACUUUGAAGAGGCUUCUCUCGGCAUUCAAUCGUUCCCUACUCCAUCGGGGCAGCGACUCUCCCGAUGACGACCUUCUCAGGCGUGAAGCAAAGGGGCUGAUUGGCGACUUUAACGUCACGCUGAAAGAAUGUAAAGAGCUUCUUGAAACCCAUAAGGGGAUCGUAAGAGAUGGUACCGGAUUUAUUGAUAAUGUCAUUUGGGGUGCGUCGACGAAAAAGCGAGUCGACGAUCUGCGAGCUCGUUUGCAAUCAGACAUCCAGCGAAUCGAGUUCUUUUUGGAGUCAGUCAAGCUAGAGCAAUACAACUCCCAGGCGGGCGAUAUUCAAGAGAUCCUCACCAACACACGGCAACUUCUCGGACUGUCGACUUAUUCCUCGCUGGAGCCUGUCCCGGAAUGGCUUGACGUUCGGUUUCAGAAAGCCCUGGAAGUGAAUGCUCCGACAUCUUUUUCGGGUAUGAAAAACAUCCCCCUGGAAGAUAGCCACGAAGCUUUGUAUCGUCAUUAUCGGGAAAGCGUCAACGACAAUUCCCCGAGCGACCAGAGCAUGGACCAGUACCUCCACCUUCUGAAAGCCCAGUGGAUCCUUGAAACGAUCAAGCAAAGCGGCCCCUUCAGAGCGCUCCGUCCCGGAUCAUGCUAUAUACGGACCGUAACCCGGCUUGAGCAGCUUAUAUGUGAACAAUUCGCGUGGCCUGGACUGGUCAAGUUCUCCGACGAGGAACUCCAGAAGCUGAACGACUCGGCAUUCCUCAUCUGGCCUCCGCAAAAGACCACCGCGCCCAAGCAAUUGACCGAACCGAACGGUCUAGAGGAGAAGGUCUUAGAGAUCUCGCUUCCAGAGUCGCCGUGCGUGCGGAAGGAAGAUCUCGUCGUCUUCCAGCGAGGGCCGACGACGUUACGUCUGGCGCGGAACAUCACUCCCGUGAACGGCGUACCCCGUCAAGAAAGUGAGAAGCUGAGCACGCAUAUCGAUCGCUUCAUCCCGCUAUACGCAGUGCCUCCAUCAAAAACAGGAAGUCCGGCACUGACAUUCAAAAUCUGUGACGGCAAGGGAGGUGGCGGCACACCGUACGAGUUCAAGUGCGAGAGAGACGUGUUCGCUUUCCAAAAGGCUGUCACCGGGUUCGAGGUUAUGUCCGAUAUGAAACGGGUGGAGUGGUCAUUUAACCGGAAAAAGCUGAAGCUGAUGUCCAAGGGUAUCGGAAAUCUCGGGCGAGUCCAGCUGUGGCGCUGGAAUCCGUUGUCCACUGGAAGGUCCCUUCAGAUGGGCUCCGCCGGUAGCCGCGAGAGCGAACAGUCGGCAUCGCGGAGCCAGAGCUCGGAGAGUUCGAGGCGCUCCGAUUUGACGAAUCCGACCAUUGCUAAGGUGGUCAGAGGAGAGAAGGAGUCCCUCUUCGCGGUGACGGAAUCAGAUCGUGGUGAGACUGUGCUUGCAGUAGCCUCGCAGCCGUCGCCAGUUCUAUUCAUCUACGCCAAAGAAGACGGAGCGUAUUCCUUGCUGCAUCUCGAGCUACGUCCAGGGCUCGGCAUCGGGAUAACCUCCUGCCAGUGCCGCAAAUCCGAAGAGCGGUGCAAACGCACCGUGAUCGAAAACAUCGAUCCCAAGCACCCUCAGACCUUCACCGUCCGACGUCUUCACGCCCCCCUCGACCUCUGGGACGUCUCCGUCUUCGGCCUCCCGGAGCACCCGGCAUCCAAAGAUCCGAAGCAGGUCGAGCGCUUCAAAUGUGACUACCUCAACCUCGACUUCGACUCGGUGGCCGAGCGACGGAAAUUCAACCAGCAUGUCCGAGUGCUGCUCAAGCUCCGUGACGACGCCGACGCCGCGUACAACCGCACCGUGCGGCGGGCGAUGACUCUCAGCGACAAAGUGAGCAAUACGGAGACGUCGAACCGUGCUCCGGCCCCUACGGGCACCCGGACGACUUCGAUCUCGACGGGCGCCGACAUUCCGAGUUUGAGCCGAGUGACGACCACGCCUCCUGCAGUCCGACAAGUGUCUGUCACGCCGAAUUUCACCGACUUGAUCCAGACUGCGAUGGAUCUAGAACGUGGAUAUCCGUCCUUUGAGAACAGAUGAACCCUGCUUUUUCACCGGAUGGGGCGACCUGUCAGUGAUGAACGAACACGAUAUUCCGGAGUAUGCGCGAUCGAGGCAGCAGCGCGUCCCCAUGCUUCGGCGGAGGAAUCCUCGACAGACUCUGUGGAGUAGAAAGUGCCACGUGCAGUUCAAGUCUAAAGCUCCUGAUCCGCGGGAGAGUGGGUUUCCAGCACUAUCUGCGUGCACAGGCGUGCCAGGGAAACAGCACGUGGGAUGAAGCUGUGGAACGCGAUAUGAUCAGGUACGGUGUGGGCUAGUCCAAUGGCGCCGACUUCAGAGCGAUAGGAAGAACAUGAACGACAUAAAAGUUACAUUGUGACCAAACUCUAAGC